AUGGCCAGCAGCACUGGAGUCAAAAGCAUGGACUUGGGUAAAACAGAGAGGCGACAGCUCAACCCUUCCACCAAUGAUUUUAUUAUUCCCCUGGGCAAGGGCUCUGCUAUCACCCAAGACAUGAACAAAGUAGAGGACAUUGACAGUACCAAUAAGGUCAUUACUCGUUAUAGCCAUUUUCCUCCUGCCAAUAGUGCAGAAGAUGAGAAGAGGGGAACUAUGAAUGCCAUUUCUGGUGAUGAAGAUACUUGUAGGACAGCCUUGGAGGUCAUAGAUAGCAAACCUGAUGCUGAUGCAGCAGGAGGAACUGUGGGCAUAACUGGUUAUGAGCUGAGGAGUAAUGAUAAUGAUAAACAGCGCAGGGCUGCACCGGUGCCUGAUUACUCCAAUGAUGAUGAUGAUGAUGUACCCCCUAUGCUUAUAUUACAUUAUAGCAGCCAUCGUGAUGGUUCUAUAUACAGGGACAUCGAUAAUUGCUGGAAAAGAGACUUUGGUAUUACUAACCGUAAUGAGACUCCGUUGGAGGCAAUGAGGUUUUCACACUCCACAGAUUGCAUCAUCCGUGAUGGAAUUUGCAAACACACAGCGUGGAACAUGCUGCAAAUUUUCUCAUUGAGGUUGGCUAAAAUUCCUGUAGAGCAUGGCUCAGUGGAGCUUUAUGGAUACAUAGCAGCGCGGGAUGCCCUGGAUUCAUUACUUAAUUAUUUCAUCAAUGUUAGCAGGGAUGAUCCCAUCAUAGUGAAACAGGGUUCCCUGAUCUACAUGUCUGGCCCUAAGCGGGGGAUCCUACACCUCGAUGCUACAGUAAUCGAAUAUGAUAUGAAGAUCAAGACAGGCAAACAUGAAAAUGAAGAUCUGCAGCUGAUCGAUGGUGUAUCAACUGUAGAUUCCGCAGACACAUGGGACUGUCACCCGUUCACAGAUCGCAUCCAUGGUGAUUGUGGCGCAAUUGACGUAACAGCUGCAUGUAUUUACUAUGCAGUUGAGGCGACUGUAGAAGUUGCCAUAUUACAAGUGCAAGGCAGUUUCAAUAUGCGUCUCAGUUGUUUUACCAGUGGGAUACAUAAAGAAAUCCGGCUCUUCAAUGGUGCUAUUGGUGAGCCAUGUGGCUUAAAGAGGUUUGUGGUUGCUGUACAUGUGAAUGCUCAGAUAGUUUUGAAGUUCAAGCUAGACGCAGACUCGUGCCUCCAUCGCUGUUCCUUCAAGGCGAACAGGCAUGGGCAUGACAAUCAAGAGAUAAAGACUGAUUUUGCAUUAAUCGCAGUGAAGGUGACUUGGUCUACUAUAUGGUGA